AUGCUCAAACACCAGGCCGAGUACAACGCCUCCCUCGAGAAGAAGGAUCUCGGUUCUGACGUCGAUGACUCCUUCGAGACCGACAGCGCUCACGAGGGCCUCGAGUUCCCCACUGUCGAGGAGCUCGCCACCCUUCGUCGCGUCCAGGACGCCAUCCCCUGGAACACCUAUGCGAUCGCUUUCGUCGAACUCGCUGAGCGAUUUUCAUACUACGGCUCCAGUAUCGUCUUUGUCAACUACAUUCAGCAGCCCAUGCCUCCGGGCUCGACCACCGGUUCCUCCUCCGACCCCAACGGUCAAGCAGGUGCCCUCGGCAAGGGUCAGCAGGCCGCCAACGGUCUGAAUACCUUCUACAGCUUCUGGGCUUAUUUCGUCCCCCUCUUCGGCGCAUACAUCGCCGACACCUACUGGGGCCGCUACAAGACCAUCUGUGUCUCUGUCGCCAUCGCCUUGCUUGGCCAUGUUUUCAUGAUCAUCAGUGCCAUCCCCGGCAUCAUCGGCGGCAACGCAUCCUUCGGCGUCUUCAUCCUCUCCAUGAUUGUCACCGGUCUCGGCGCGGGCAUGUUCAAGGCCAACAUUUCUCCGCUCAUUGCUGAGCAGUACCGCCGCACGAAGCUGUUCAUUAAGGUCUUGCCCAGCGGCGAGCGCGUGAUCGUCGACCCGACUAUGACUGUCUCGCGCAUCUACAUGUACUUUUACCUGUUCAUCAACAUUGGCGCCCUCAUCGGCCAAGUAGGCAUGGUCUACGCCGAGAAGUAUGUCGGCUACUGGCUCGCAUAUACGCUGCCCACCAUCGUCUUCCUGCUCUGCAUUCCCGUCCUCAUGUGGGGCAAGACCCGCUAUCGCCGCUCGGCACCCACCGGCUCCGUCCUCGCCGCGUGCCUCCGCCUCUGGCGCUACGCAGCCAAGGGUCGCUGGUCGCUCAACCCCGUGACGACGAUGCGGAACAUGCGCGCGGACGACUUCUGGGAGAGCGUGAAGCCGAGCAAGCAUACCGUCGAGACGCGCCCCGCCUGGAUGACGUUCGACGACGUGUGGGUCGACGAGGUCCGCCGUGGCGUCAAGGCAUGCGCGGUCUUCCUCUGGUACCCGCUUUACUGGCUCGCAUACAACCAGCUUACGAGUAACUUGACCUCGCAGGCGGCGACGAUGUCGACGCACGGCGUGCCCAACGACGUGCUGAACAACCUCGACCCCUUCGCGCUCAUCAUCUUCAUCCCCAUCUGCGACCUGUUCAUCUACCCCGCCCUCGCCCGCGCCGGCAUCAAGUUCACCGCGCUCAAGAAGAUCGCAUGGGGCUUCGGCACCGCCUCUUUCGCCAUGAUCUGGGCGUGCGUAAUCCAGUACUACCUCUACAAGACGAACCCAUGCGGGCACCAAGCCGCGACGUGCGUGGACGCGGACGGCAACCCGCUCGUGUCGCCCAUCAACGUGUGGGCACAGACCGGGUCAUACGUGCUCAUCGCGUUCUCCGAGAUCUUCGCGAGCAUCACCGGGCUCGAGUACGCGUUCACGAAGGCGCCCAGGAACAUGCGCUCCGUGGUCAUGUCCAUUUUCCUCUUCCAGAGCGCGUUCGCGAGCGCGAUCGGCGAGGCGUUCAACCCGCUCGCGACGGACCCGCUGCUCGUGUGGAACUACGCCGUCGCGACGAUUCUCGCUGGUGUCGGCUGUGUCGUCUUCUGGAUCGCGGUGCGCAAGCUCGACAAGCAGGAGGACGCGCUGAACAACCUUCCCGAGGCCCGUUUUGACGAGAAGCUCUAG